GUGGUCGCCCACUUCUGUCACUUCUGUCGACUCUUGAACGAAGUGUGUUUGGCAGAGAAAAGCGGAAGAAUAUAUAAAAUCUUUCAUUCCUCUUACAUAUAUAUGUAUAUUUAUCUUAUUAAGAAAAUAUAAAAGAUUCAAUUAAGUAGCAACUUCUAGUCGCGCCAGUGUUCAGUGUAUCUGGAGUAUGUUCGUGUCGUUUCGUCUCAGGAAAAAUAACGAGAGCAAUCGAAUACACGUGUCCAAACAUACAACAUUUUAGGGCCUAAAAUUUAGGCAGUGUAGAAAAAUAUUUAUAUAAUUUAUAUUUCAUUUAAAAUUAUAACUUAAUUCGAUUUUAGAGAAAUUUGAUAAAUAGGCAUUUGGAGUCACUUAACAGCAAGUGUCAAAGAUGUCUGGAAGCAAGUGUCGCAACUGUGGGUCCACCAAUAUCGAUACCGAUCCGACACGUGGAGAUGCGAUUUGCAUAGAAUGUGGUUUUGUAUUGGAGGAUUCAAUUAUAGUCAGUCAGACAGCUUUUGAGGAAUCGCCAUCGGGCAAAGUGAUGGUGCUCGGACAUUUUGUUGCCAACGAUAGCACAGGUGGUGCUACAAAUUUCGGUGCAUCGUACUAUGCCAAUGGAAGAGAAUCUAGAGGAAUCACUCUGCAGAAUGCGCGAAAAGGUAUAACGCACCUUUGUCUUCAAUUAGGCCUAAGUCAAAAUUAUAUCGAUAUAUCGGUGAACUUUUAUAAGAUGGCUUUAAAUCUCCAUCUGACACGUGGAAGGAAGCAGGCUCACAAUCAGGCUGCCUGUGUGUACAUCACUUGCCGUAUGGAGAAAACGGAACAUAUGCUAAUUGACUUCAGUGACGUUCUCCAUAUCUGCGUUCAUGAACUUGGCCGUACAUACUUGCGACUCACACAAGCUUUGAAUAUCAACAUACCAUCGAUAGAUCCUAGUUUGUUCGUUUUGAGGUUUGCGCAUAAACUAGAAUUCGGUGAGAAAACUCACGCCGUGUCUAUGACGGCCUCAAGAAUAGUUCAAAGAAUGAAAAGAGACAGUAUUCAUAGUGGACGUAGACCAUCAGGUUUAUGUGGUGCAGCUUUACUAAUCGCUGCGCGGUUACAUGAAUUCAACAGAUCACCCAAUGACAUUAUAAAAAUUGUUAAAGUACACGAAUCUACUUUACGUAAAAGGUUGAUGGAAUUUGGCGAUACACCAUCCAGUGCUCUGACAUUGGACGAAUUUAUGACGGUAGAUUUAGAAGAAGAACAAGAUCCUCCAGCAUUUAAAGCAGCACGUAAGAAAGAUAAGGAGCGUUUACAAAAGUUAGAAAACAUAGACACAGAAAUAAGCGAGCUACAAGCGGAAAUCGACAAACAGUUGGAAGAUUACAGAAUAGGAAAAGUAAGAAAACGAAAGGACGUAUUAUCUAAAGAGACCGAAGUAGAGACUGAAGACGCAGAUAGAUUUGUUCGGGAAAGCAAUUUAAGCAUAAUCCAAAGAUAUGUCGAGAACAAUGUUGACAAUCCUGAUGAGGAAAUUCAAGAUGAUAUAAUAAAUAAAAAUAAUAAUUCUCUCAUUACUGGAUUAGGUCCAGACAUAGCAUCGAUGAUGUUCGCAAACGAUCAUUCAAAUGAAUACAAAGAGAAAGCAGAUAACAAUUUGGAAGAUAAGACUGUCGAGGAUAUUCAUACGAGUGAUAUUGAUGAUGAGGAAUUGGACAGUUAUAUUCUUACGGAAAAAGAAACACGAUAUAAAUCAGCCCUUUGGAAUAAAGUAAACGCUGAUUAUCUUGUCCAGCAAAAAGAGAAAGAAGAGAAGCGUUUAAAAGAGAAGGAAGAAGGUAAACCUGAGAAAAAAAGAAGAAGAACAACUUCUAGAAAGAAUAAAAUACCUGCGAAUACUGUGGGCGAAGCAAUUGAGAAAAUGUUACAAGAGAAAAAGAUAUCUACCAAAAUUAAUUAUGAAGUGUUAAAAAGCCUAAAUAAUCAACAGCGAAACAGUCAAGAAUUACAUACCACGAAUACAAAAUCAAAAUUAGAUGACGCAACAAAUUUGAGUAAACCAGUAACACUCAGUUCUUCUGUAAAGUCUACAGAAGUUUCGCUAAAGAGAAAACAUUAUUCGGUUAAAUCGAGUACACAGAAUUCAAGAAUUAUAGAUAAGACGUCAAAGGAUGAAGAAUUUACAAAAAAUUCACAAAAAGAUAUCAAGUCAAUGGAUAUUGGUGAACCCAUAGAAGACACGUCGGAAAUUGUGUUUGAAAAUUGUUGUCUGGAUGAAGAAGAAUCCGACGCCGCUGAAAUGUCCCUUGGACAAAUGCUUGAAUCUCAUGCGAUAUCCGAGACUGAAUUUUGCGAUGAUGACUAUCAGUAUGAUUAGAAAUUUUUAUAUUUAUGUACUUUAUAUGUAAUUAUUUGAUAUUAAUUAUUAUGUGUAAAAACUGUGUGUAUGUGCAAUUACACACGUAUUUAUAUGCAUUAAUUUAGUAAUAUAUGCAUUUCUCAAGCUAUUUUAUGAAAUAUAAAUUUCUGCAAUAAUAACUUACAAGAUGUGCUACAUCAUAAUAAGA